AUGCAGUUAGGUCCACAUAUUCAAGGUUAUCCUAUAGUAUAUGGACUUGCCACAGUUUACAGUGCAACAUUUCUGAGUAUUUCAAUAUUGUUUGUAUUUUUGGAGGAUGCUAUUGGAUAUGUUUAUGCAGUGUCAGUAGUAAUUAUGAUUAUUUCCAUCUGGAUAAUGGCCAUGAUUGUUUCAGUCAUAAGACAUAAUCAAUGUACCAAAAUCAAUGAAUUAUAUACUGUAAGUUGGUUGUAUAUUUUGCUGUGGACUCUAUCAUCAUCAUACUGGUUCUAUGGUACUGGACAUAAUCCUUCAUUUCCUGCAAUACAUUGGAAUGCUGCAUUUGUGUUACAAUCAAAUGUAGAAAACAAUACAUGGCUUCCUGGUUUUUUUAUUUUAGCAAACACAUUUUUUUCACACGCUGUUCAUGCAUUUUUAUUACCGCUACUAUUAAUAUGUCCAUUUGCUAUUCAUGGUGCUUGGUCGGGAAAAUCAUUGCCUCCCAAAGAUGAAGAUGAACAAACAAUGGCUAGAGGCGAAUUAUUAUUAGCUGAAAAAUCAAGACAAAUGAUACACGGCUCAUUUGAUUUAACUGCUAAAUAUAUUCUCGCUAAUUGUUUUAGGGUGGCUAUGGUCAUGGCAGCAGCUACUAUUCAUUCACGUCAUUUGAUGAUGUGGAAAAUUUUUGCUCCAAAAUUGAUAUUUGAAGGAAUAGCAUUAUUUAUUACAUUGCCUUUUUCUUUUUUUGGAUUUAUUCUUAUGUAUCGUGUAACUCAACACAUAAAUGUGUUAUUUGAAAGAAUUAUGACACAACACUCAAAUUAA